AUGUCUACGGAGCUGCUAAAGACGCCGCCGUCUUCUCCCAACCCCGGCGGAGGUCAGGGCGAGUCGAAAAGGGCCAUCGACGAGGUCAUCGAUACGCCAGAAGCGCUGAGGAGACUAGCAAAGAGAGUGAAGGGCAUCUUGGACAGAAUGAACGAGAAAUCCAACGUUUUCAAUUCUUCCGGCGACAAUUCCGACGACCCUUUUGGUAUCGACAACACUCGCCAGAAUGGCAACAUGGAAGUGUCAGCCGAGCCUCUCGUGUUCGAUAUGUCAGACUUCGGUUGUCACGAGCAUGUCGAAGAGGCGAAGGAGGAGAGAGUACCACCGAACGGCACACCAAGCAAAACGAAGGGUGUCGCAAAGACCGCAGGACCUUUGUAG